CUUGGCAGCCAGCCGGGCGUUUGCUCGGGGGAAAGAAGUGGUCUCCGUAAAGUGGUGAUAUAGACGGACACUGUGUGUGGCAUAUAAUGAGCAUUAUCUCGGUUCUCCCCUUUGCCUAUUCCUUCUGGCCCCCGACGACGCUGUCAUUCUCCACAGCCAGUCUCGCUCACUCAGCAGCGCUCACUGAAGGUAGCUAAUUGCUCUGCCGUCAUCAGGAGUCAGACCCAAAGGACAAGAUGCACUGGAGCUCGCUGGCAAGCCUGGGCCUCGUCGCACCGGCGGCGGCUUUGCUCCGGUUCGGCUGCUCGCAGCUUGUAGUUGAGCGACUAGAUCCGCUCGUCACACCGGGCAUCAACCCAUCCCCGCAUCUUCACCAAAUCAUUGGCGGCAAUGCAUUCAACGUCACCAUGGACCCAGCCAUGGGCGACAUAGCCGAGAGGGCGACCUGCACCACGUGCCAGUUCAGCGAAGACCUAUCCAACUACUGGACAGCCGUGCUCUUCUUCAAGGCACGCAACGGCAGCUACCACCGCGUACCACAGAUCCCCAACAUCGGCUUCGAAGGGUCCAACGGCGGCAUGACGGUCUACUACAUGCAGGACGGGCUGGCCAACUACCAACAGACGUCCAAGGUGACGGCGUUCAAGACGGGCUUCCGCAUGCUGAUCGGCGAGGCGUCGUACCGCAGCCGGGCCGACGCAGCCCGUUUCCGCCAGAUCACCUACACGUGCCUGCAGGACCUUGGCACCCGCUUCCCCGAGACCAUGGACUUCCCCAAGAAGCCGUGCCCCGCGGGCAUCAUGGCCAACGUCCGCUUCCCGACCUGCUGGGACGGCAAGAACCUCGACUCGCCCGACCACAUGAGCCACAUGAGUUACCCGGAGUCGGGCACCUUUGAGAGCGGCGGCCCCUGCCCGGCCUCGCACCCGGUUCGCGUGCCACAGCUUAUGUAUGAAACUAUCUGGGAUACGUCCAAGUUUAAUGCUGCAGAUCUCUGGCCCGAGGACGGCUCGCAGCCGUUUGUGUGGUCCAUGGAUGACACGACCGGCUUUGGCUCGCACGGCGACUACAUGUUUGGGUGGAAGGGCGACUCGCUGCAGCGGGCCAUGGACUCGCCGUGCUAUGUCAACUGCCCGACGCUCAAGACGCAGAGCGUUUCGGCCAUGAACAGGUGCAAGGUUCCUACUGUUGUUGACGAGCAGAUUGACGGCUGGUUGAAAGCACUCCCUGGAGCUCCCACCGGCGUCUAAGGGGAGCGGUAUGACAUGAGGCAGUCGGACGAGUCCUGGGAGGAAGCUAGGGUACCUACCGUACCUAUAUAAUACGUAGAAUGUUGACGGAAAAUAUGGGGGCUUGGAAGGGAUAUAAGCCUCCAAUUACCUUACCACUACAUCUAGAUCCCCCUGACCAUCGCACAAAGCAGUAAGAGCACCAACUCACCCCUAUCUCAAGGUAAGGAGGUACUUUCAGUUUCAUGUAGGCAGCACUUACAAGAUUGGGAAGAG